AUGGAGUCAAUGGAGGGAAUGUUCGGUAGCAACAUCUCGGGAACGGAUGCGCGGCAUAAUCAGAACCCGCUUAAGGGUGACGGGAAGGAAGCGGAUGCGGAGAACGUGCGAGUUUUCUCGAUCGACAAGGUUACCGUGGAGAGGAUCGUUCUCGAAUCCUCGAACGGACCGCGAGAGGUAUUAUUGACGAAGAACGAGACAUCGAGAAGACUGUCUCUGAGCUCGCAAACAAAGCCGUGCGUUAUUAAACGGACAGAAGACGAAGAACAGAGCUCAACGAGUAACAAUAAAUUACGAUUGUCGGAAGACGCAUUCACGUCAAAACCGAAAGACACUGAUCUUAAGACGAUCGUCUCCGACAGCCAGUCGAAGCUGCCAAUUCCGAAGAAUCAACAGAGCGAAGUUGCUAGCGUGGUGAACGAGGAGAGUAGAAUCAAGCCGAUUAAGCUCACUAAGAGCCCAUCUAUCGGCAGCAUCGUAGUCGAAGGUUUGAAUUCGGUGAACGUGAUUGCCAAGAAGAACGAAGUGUCGCCGAAACUUCCAGAGAAAUCUGCAGGCACGGAAGAACCCGACUCGUCUGUUGCAACGACGUCGGUAUCCUCCGCAAAAGUAAAAUCUUUGGGAAAUUUAUCGUCGAGUCGGGAGAAAAUCAUUGACGAAGUAGUGAUUGAACAAGAGCGAUUGAUUAAGGAGAAAGUUGCGGACCUUGAAGCUACUGAGGAAGAUAAAGAGGAUAAUGACAACGUAAACUCCUUCGAGGAACACAAUGAAGCUAAAGCUAAAGUUACGGAGAUAAACCACAGCGAAACGGACGAGACCGAAAAGCGACGCUUCUCAGGCGAAUGCGCGAUUAUUGACAGAGACGCUCAGGAUCGUCUGGAAAGGAGUCAGGCGACGAUCGAGGAUCUCCAAAGGAAUCUGAGCACCAAGAUCCACGCGAGCACCGCGCAAAGCUACAAGGAGAAGCUGCUGGGCGUCCAGUCCAAUUAUGCUCUGAAGCCGUCACUUGCCGCGGAUUCGAGUCGCAGCGAGAGGUUGAGCUCCGGAUUUGACAAGGAUUUUCUCGAGAGGCACAAUCUGGAUAAGCGGCUGAAGAUCGAGGAGAAGCGACUGUUGGAGACCGAUUUGGAUUACGCAUCGGACAACGACGGCAUCAGCGAGACGGAGAACCGCCCGCCAAGCGAGAUCAAGCGGAAGUACAGCGAAAAAGUGUCAGAGGUGGAGAAACGCUGGUCCGGGGAAUUCCUGGACAACCGUCUGCAGCGCAACUCGUCGGAAUCCUCGAGGUCAUCUUACAUCGAGGAGUUUGGCAGCGUAUCUUCACACGAGAGCAUCGUCGAGGAUCGCGAUUCGCGGGAGCUGUUCGACCGAGAACAUCCGGUGAAGUUUGCGGAGAGGCAAACGUCGCUCGAUGAAUCCAGGAGACGAAUCUCGGACGAGAUUCUAGAAAACAGUACCGUGAGCACCGUCGACUCCGAUUCGUGUCUGGAGGACAGAAUCAAGGCGGUCGAUGAGGACAUUGCUGAAACGAACGGAGUCCACACAGACAAUGACGACGUUGAUGAACUCGAUGAAGCUUUCAAUGAUGAGGAAGUCCGGGAUUACUCUCGGUGGGAUGAGGAAAUAGAGAAAACCGAUACAAUUCCUGCGACGGCUCGUGGAAAGGGAGAUCAAAGCUUAGACGAAGGAAGUGUUGGUGACGCAACAGACGUUAAUAUUUACAGUGCUCCGAAUGCGAAUCAAGUGCAAAUUCAAGAGAACAUCAAAGUGGCGAAAAACGAAAAACGAGUGUCAGAGAUACAUCUUAGCAACGACAAGAACUUUACCAGUGAGAAAAGAGACGAUAAGCUUGCCCGUUCCUUUACUGUGAUCCAUCCGAAGGAUUUCACAAAGAAUUCGGCCUUUGUGGUUCAAAGUUAUCGCGAAAAGGACGGUUACGCUAAUCUCAUCAAGGAUUUCACCAUGGAAGCGGGAUCGUCUAGAGCGAGGAAAGAGGAGAAGCAGAAGAAGAAGCUCGGUUUCCGGCGCCUUUUGCCGGCUAUUUUCUCACCGAAGGACUCUCGAAAGGAUUACAAGAAGAAAGAGCAGAAGGAGCGCAAGAAGUACGACGAGCGACACUUUGCCCGCUAUCAGCAGAACGGGAAUUACACGCGGUCGCCGGACACGAUGAACCUGAACGAGGACAUUAAGAGGAACGUGAAAUUGGACAAUAGUCUGAACGGUUCCAUCAUUGAAGAGAGGCUGGAGGAGAUCAAGCGCGAGCUGUUCCCGGAGCAAGGACCGAUCACCAGCACUCCCGAUCACUUCCUGCAGACGGACGACACGCGUCUGCUCCGUGACAGAACGCGCGGUCAACGAUCUUACACCACCGACUCAAGUCUCAGCUCGAUCGCGCCGAACGAGCGAUGGAUGGAGCGUGGCGGGCAGCUUGGUAUCUCGCCCGACAUCAGGAAGUACGAGCAGAGGCACAGGCGAGAGGAGCAGGAUAACAGCCGGCGAUACGGCCAGCUCGAACGCAAGCACAGCCUGCAAGAGUCGAACCACGGCAACCGCAAUUAUUUGUUCCAGAGGAAUCACGGGCCGUCUGGUCGGAUUUCGGCGCCGCCCGGCGAACGGUACCUGAUGCGACCUCGUGUUGUUCCCGUCGACAGACCGCUGCCUGAGAUCCCACAAUCGCGCAUAGAGCUAUCGAACUACGAGAACUAUGAAGAUGGAGUGGAUGAUCUUAGCGAUUACCGGAAGGACACAUACGCUGACAACGGCAAUUAUCAGAAUCAGUCUGCGUUUUAUCACAAUGAUGGAAUUAUGACAGUUCACGAUGGCAGUUUGGAGAUAGAUGCGAGACACGCACCGCAAUCGGUUCCCGCGGAAGUCAAGAUCACCCGGCAGCCAAUCGUGAACCAGAUCCAGAAAGCGCCGUUGUUCGGGAGAACAUCAAAGUACCCGUCGUCCGGAUCUAGCCAAAAGUCCGGUGACUAUGCUGAUUCGAGUUGCACACCAAACUCCAGUCAGAAGAGCGAGUUCUCGCCGACCAGCUCGAAGAGUGGCGAGUAUUAUCUGCACUCGCCACGAAGCAGUGCUCGCACGUCACCCGCCGAGCGAUCAGUCUUUGAAGAUACACGAGACAGGAUCUACGAGAACGGAACUCAACCUGCGACGUCACCAUCGUCCAACAAUUACGUCGAGGAACAUGUCUACGACGAGACUCCAUCGUCCCUGUCUCCAGAAGAUUUUGUAAACGCAAACACAUCAGCUCGCAUAGUGCAGGACUCGCCAAAAAAGGACGAUUUGGUGUACGAGCAGAAGUGCUUGUCGAAUCAGCAAUCGCCUCUGAAGACCUUUCGCCAGCGGUCUUGCGGAGGUAAUGAGAUUGCGCAGACGGAAUUGAAACGGGAGAUUGAAAAGUCACGCGAGAAUUGCUUGAAGAAUCAGGAAGAUAGUGACUCGAAGAAUGAAUCACUAGCUUCUAGCCACAGCGAGAGAACGGUGCGGAAUGUGUCACCGUCGAAAGCUCGAACAACAGCGGCAACAUCCCCAUCAGCAAUACCGCGGGCCAGGAGGUCGCAACCCAACGACCAAAUCCUGAUAGCCUCGCCGAAGAGAGAAUCCAUUUGUCAGUCUCGAGUUUCUCGGCCGCCGAACAAGGCUAGGCUAUGCGACGCGGAAUCACCGAUUCCCAUUGCGGACUCGCGCGAUGGUAUUUCUGGCAUCGUGCCAAUCGAGACGCGGCAUCAGUACGGCAGCCGGGAUUCCCCUGCUUCGGUAACGGGGAAACCUACUGGACAAAGGAUCACGCCGUCUUCCAGUCUUCCGAGAGGCAUCUCGCGACCCGAACCGAUUUACGUGCAUCGUCGACAACCGAGUCCCGCACAGAAGAGCACGGCGUCUCCGGAGAUGAAGGCAGACAAGCAUGAAAGCGAUCAGUUGUCGCUUAGUCCAUACAGCCCACUCGAAUCGUGUCGUGGCGUCGACGAAAGAGUUCAAGUGCGAGUUCAAGGCCAGAGUUUGACUCCGCAAACCUCGAAGCCGCGCGACUCGGAAGCCAGCCAAACAUCCAACGAACCCGGAAGAGAAACCGUGCAAUCGCCGAUACGCGAAGACCAGCCUAGAGUGACGCAAGACGUUCGUCAGCAACGACGACAAGACGUCGUUCAGCGGCAACGAACUCCGACAUUAGCGUUGGAAGUGCAGCGACCGUCACCAACGAUCAGCCAAGAUAAGAUAUACACGAGCACGAAUUCACUUCAGCGCGAGCCGAUCUACGAACAACGCCGAGCGUUUCCGCCGCAGUCACGGCAGGCUCAGGAGCCUGUAUACGUUCAACGAGUCAGCGAGCUGAUGCACCCUCGACAGUGCCAGCCACUUCACGGACCACUGUCGCCCUCGAAGCGCGAGACCAGACAGCACUUGGAGGCGUUUUACUGGCAGCAAAAGGCGCUGGAAGCACAGCGGAAGUUAGCUACUCCGAGUACGGCAAACUAUGCCCCGAAACCAGUCGCGCCGAAGGUCGACCUGCCGGAAAUGAGAGAGGCGGUGUACUGGCAGCAGCUGAAGCGACUGGACGAGGAGCAACAGCGACGGAUCUACGAGCAAAAUUCGAUGGGGCGCGGAACGCACGAGAUGCAUUGCAGGGAGAGAACGGGAAGCCCCACGACGCCCAUCUCGUUGCCCCCCAAUACGAACCAGGCAUUCCCAGGGCAUAACAUGGUACCUGGCGGCUCCCUCGUUCACAGGGAUAUGACUGGAAGUUACGGGAGAACUUACUGGAGCAAUGCGCAGCAACCGUGUUCCAAGACGAGUCCGACAGGCAAACUGCCCUUGAUGCAAGCUCCGAAGGGCCAGAACCAACCGGUGCUGAUAGUGCGGCCGCAGCAGGCGCUGCGGGAUCGUCAGGAGAUGCCGAUGAAGCCCAUGCACGGCCGCGACCCUGCGAGAUUCGACACCCCGAGAUCGAAGAGUGCAUCCCCGCACUUCCACAGGAAUGAGGUCGAGCGUGCAAGUUUCAACGUGCAGGCGUGCAGGAAACCGAUCGCUGAUCGCGGAACGGGUGGCGCAACAUCCACGCGGAAACCGGAAGUCGACGGAACACACGAGGAUGACGAUGGCGACGGCAGAUCUCGACCGCACCCGAUAUUCAAGAGGGGCAGCCUCAUAGGGGGUGAAUCGGUGGAGUACGGAAGCACGGGGCCCAAGAGGGUCAGUUUCUCGAAUCAACCGAACGCCGGGCCUGAUCUGGCGGCGGGCAGUUGGCCGACCAAGCAUGGCACGGCACCGGAACCACCCACUAGGCGACACAAAAGCGAAGACAGCACUUCCGACACCGAUUCGGUGUUUCUGUACCAAGAUCGAUCCGACGUAAAUCUGGAUUCGUCAUACGGCAUUCGCAAUGUGACCACUUCGAAGUGCCGCACGGACGGCACUUGCUCGGAGCAGGAAUACGACGCUAACAAACCUCUACCUCCUCCGCCGAGGGACUCUUCGAUGAUCGCCCGUCGUGGAAACAAUAUUAGGAAUUACAUUUGCAACGACGUCCGGUGGAACAGCGAGGAGCAACGCAUCUGUCGGCGCAGACAGGAGGAAGAGUGGAAUCCAGAUGGCAAGGGUCGUCAGUCCAACGAUACCGGUGGAUCGGUCAGGGGGGAGGUUGAAUCCGGCUCGAACGAGCUGACACCUGGCAGACGGGCUGGCGGUAGUGGCGGUGGCGGCGUUGGAGGCGGGGGUGGUGGCGUCUUGGGGGUCGGCGGCGGCGGGAGCGGCGGGGGUGGCUCGGGGGGCCGGAGCUCCUCCGGGGGUGGCGGCCGCUCGAGGGACGAGCCGAGGAGGCACACCCUCGGCGGCGAUCAUCAACCGUCCCUUCAUCAUCAGCAGUUCAACGCGGCGCAGCAGCUGCACCCCCUUCAUCCGCAUCAUCUGCCGCCACCGCACGGCCAGUACGGCACCCCGCCGUCCCGGCACACCACCAUGGAUCUCGAGAUGGGGACCAAGUCUCGCCAGAGAAAGUCGCCUCUUCCGCGCGGUUACCCGCCCCCAUCUUCGACGAUGCUUUUCGAUGACGACCCGGGUAUCAUGUCCGAGGUGGAGACCUCCAGCACUGGAUUCCGACGAGGUGGCAAGCAAAGAAGCAGCUUGCCCGUCGUACGGACCCCCAGCAAGACUCUGGAGCGACCACUAGGAUUGGUGUUCCUGCAGUACAGGAACGAGACGAAGAGAGCACUGCUACCGAACGAGAUCACUAGUAUAGACACCGUAAAAGCUCUUUUCGUUAGAAGCUUUCCGAAGCAACUCACCAUGGAAUAUCUGGACAGCCCCCAUGUGAAGGUCUACAUACACGACAGUAAUAAGGACAUGUUCUACGAACUCGAAGAUCUAAGAUCGCACCUGAGAGAUAUCAGGGAUCGCAGCGUCCUGAGACUUUUCGAGAGUGCCGACGGAGUGACGGGGAUGCCGGGGCCUAUGGGAGUGCCGGGAGGUGGUGGCGGUCUGCCACCCCAUUGGGAGGAUCAGAGCUACUUCAGUGAGCCGGAAUUCGACAGCGAAUAUCAGCAUCAGCACAUUCACAAGAGCAAGACGGCCAAGAACUCGACGUCGGGCAGCGGCGGAUAUUACGUGGGCGGAAGCAGCACCCUGCCGCGCGGCGGUUCGCUCCUAAGGGCGUACAGCCCCGCGGCGUCGAGCGUCGGCGUCGGCGGGCCAAACGCGACGCCGACGCAGCCCAAGACUCUCACCACACCAGGUGGUGGCGGGGUGCCGCCGGCCAAGCCGCUUCGCAGCUACCAGUGUGGUAAGAGUCCCCUUGGAAGCCUCGGGGGCUCGGCGCGCUUCUCUCGAGACAGCUCGGUCUCCCUCUAUAGUAUACCAGAUCGGCUACACGGCGAGAGCGGGUACAUGAGCAGCCCGGAGCGUGGCGGCGGCGUCAGUUCCGGAAGCGGAAGAUAUCCACCCGGGCCUUACAGCGCCGGCAGCAGCUACGAAGAUCCGUAUUAUUCGCAGUACUCGGGAACUGUCACUCCCGUUAUCGACGAAGAAGCCAGCGAUACGGAGCUGUUGGAGGAAUCGUACAGCCUUUACGGCGUGAAACCACCGGGGCGUCCGUCGUCUGGUCCCCCGCGGUCCCCGUUUCCUCCGGGGGCACCAUCCUCAUUGCCACCCGCCGGACAGGCCUACGACGCUACUCGGAUACGGGUGGAGCACAUGGAAAGACAGCUGGCCAAUCUGACCGGGCUCGUUCAGAAAGCCCUGACACACGCGCCGCACCCCAGCCCAUCACCACGAGAGUACUUACAGGUCCCACCAGGACGUGAUCCUUACGCGAGAGCCGCAGGCGCCGGGGAUGAGUUCGACAAACACUCUAGCUCCAGCUCUGCCUCAUUGCCAGAUGACUCGUACUUAAGGACCGACGUUAAGCCGCCGAAGUUAGGCAAAGACAAGUCGGUGUCGUUUGAAAAGUCAGUGUCCUUCAGUGACGAGCCACCAGACAUGAACUCCCCCAAACAGCAUUCCCCGCAACAUGCAGCGGACACAAAACCCACGAAACCGGCAAUCAAAUCCUCCACGUUGCCGAGGAUGUCGUCGCAAGAGAGAGACAGGCACAAGCCGGCACCGCCGCCGAAACCAGCCGCGCUGGUGGCUGGUCAGUACGUGUACAGGGACCUGGAACUCACGCCGGAGAUGUACAAUCAGCUGCGAGGCCUGCAGAAGAAGGCGAAGGACCUUAGGCAGGAAGUGAGGAACCUGAGGCGCAUGUCGCAGGCACAGGCCCACCAAGUGCGCGAGACCAUCAGGGACACGUUCAUUGAAAUCAGGGCUACGCUGUUAUCGGGAGGGGACGCAGCUUGGAUGGCCGGAGACGCAGAGAAGAUUCGACUGAGCCGCGAGGAAGACCUCUACAAGCAGGAAAUGAUAAGGCUGGAAAAAGAUCUCACCGAGCUGGAAAGCACCGUGGAGGAGCUUCGCGGUAACGUGAUCAAUAGAAAGACGCGUGUCAAUAUGUCGGAUGUGGAGAACAUGGCUUUGAUAUUGAGUAAAUCCAGUAAAACCGUGGCUGACUUGAAGGUGCGGUUCCCAAAUUUGCAAGAGGGCAUGAAGGGUCUGCUCAGUUCCGAGAUGGAGAAAGUGGUGCGCGAGGAGAAGUUCCUCAAGGAGGAGCCCGACCGAUUGGAGUCUGCGUUGAAACGUUGCAAGAAACUGACCGGCACACUCGUGACGCUCAAACGCUUGGCGUCGGUGCAAGAGCAGCGAUUACCAAACGCACCGAGCGUAGAUGCCGAGGACACGCCGCCAAUAACACCGACCACGGCGCAGCAUUCUAAGGCAGCUGCCCCUGUGCCAGCGGAACGCACUGUCGUGGGGUCAGCGAGCGUCCUCGGGGGAGGGAGCCACCCUCACGAGUCAUCCGCCGACUAUCAGCAGCGUCCGGAGAACGCACUCGACGCUCUGCUAGACGAGCUGCAGACCUUCUCGCGACCCAGCUCGCAGAUGGGCCACGUGUCCGGCAGCCUGUCGGUGCCCCCGGGUUCCACCACGUUGCUGGCAGACAUCGGCCGCGCCUCCAGCCUCCGGGAAUCGACGAGCGUUGCGACGACCACCGGCGGCGGCGGCGGCGGUGGUGGUCGCGCGCCCAGUAUCAGCGAUAUUGGCCGGAAGGGCAGUGUGGACUCGUCCAGUGGGAUCCUGACCGGUUCGAGCAUCGCUGCCACCGCCGCCGCCGUCUCUUCCGGCGUCGCGAGCCUGCCCGGAAUGGCACCGGGCGCCAGCGGCACCCUACGUCGCCUGCACUCGUACCCAUCGAGCUCGGACACCGACACCUCACCGCCCAUCGCCAGGCUGCAAGGGUUGUCGCUGCAGCAGGAGCAGCAACAGCCGCCCGGUCUGCCGGUGCUGCCGCAGGGCUUCCUUCCUGGGCAGAAGCCACCGGUGCCAGAGCGGAACGCCGAGCUGCUGCAGCUGGCCAGCGCCAGGAGAGUACCGCCGCCACCGCCGCCGCGCACCAGCUCCCGAUCACCCCUGGCGAGCCCGACCAGUCCGCAACUGCCGCCCAGGAACCCUUGCAGCCUGCAGAGCGGCAAUGCGACCCUGCGCCGACCGGCAUCCCGCAGCGGCAGCCUCGUCAUCGGCAAGGAGGGUAAACCACCCAUGGCUCUGCCACCGGAUGCGACGACGAUCCUGUCCACCGUGGACCACGUCACCAGCGAUGGUAGACCGGCGCCGACACCGGCGGGAGUCGCAGCGAUUCACAAUUCAUCGUCCUCGCAGUCAUCCGCAGUGUUGUCGACCAGCAACUCCAGCUCAUGCGAGAGUGUGAACUCGCAGGAGGGUUUGCAGAGCAAACGUGGCAGGCAGGAGCAGCUGGAGCAACGGCAUCAGGAGCUCUUGAGGAAGCAGAAGGCCCUGCAGGAGCAGUACACCCGGUUGCAACAGCUGCAGAGGAACGCAGCCGGUGUCACCACCGUGCCGCCGGUGCCGCCCGACUUGCUGAAGAAGACUGGCUCCGAGAGCAACCUCCUGGCGAAGAUGGGCCUGGGUCUGAGCGCGGCGACCUCCGGAUCCCUCACUAGCCUCAGCGUGAAGCCGCAGCUGCAGCCGCAAGAGGCUGUCAUCAGCAGUAACGGCGACCAGAUCAAGAUCGAGGUCACCGCAAAUGGUCAAACAGUUCCGGCGAGCAACGCGGUGAUUACCAUCGCAGGUAGCCAGGCUUCCGGUAGCGUCACCACCUCGACGACGGUCGUGUCGAGCACGACUGCCACCGGCUCGGCCACGACUGUCACCACCACGUCCACUACGACCACCAGCAAAGUAUACGAGACGGACAUUCUGUGACCGAGAAGCCGCUCGCUGAUCGGUUCAACCGUUAAGGUCGCCACUGAAAUCGCACUAGCGAGUUAACACGGCCGUGGACCGGCAAUCCUCGGUCCGCGGACGGCAGUCAGGGAGGUUGUGGUCAAAUGAGACGAGUGGAGGAAGGAACAAACUAGGGGAUGGAUUGGAAAGGAGACAGUCGAGAAGAGCAAGAUGACAGGAAGCUGCUAGAAGUAAAGAUGAUGGAGAGAGAAAUAAGAAGAAUGAAAGGAUACAUCAAGCAAUGAGACGAGCAAGAAGAAUGAAGAGGACCAGAGGGAGGAAGAGGACUACUCUUGAUCGCGAACGACGAACUUGAGCGCCGCUCCUUCGCGGGCGGAUAACGUCUCUUGGAAAGUAGAAUGCAGAGUAGGAAUUAGCGCGCGAGGCACGCGUAAUAAUACCGCACUAAUCAUUAUGGUUAACGAUAGCAUUAAUAAUCGUGAAAUGGCGCGAGGAAACCUUUCGAUACGCGGACGCGAAACUUCAACGUCCGGACUUGAGAAGACAAAAAGGAAACGUAAGGAAAGGAAAGGUGAGCUCGUUGCUCACAUCAUUCGGCGCAUCUUGAUUGCGCUCGAUCGAGCACCGGAAUGCGUCUUGCCCUUGGUCUCUCGGUCUUUCCUGGCGACGUUGCGCAACGUUGCAAACCGACACGCGACUUACUAGCACUACUCGCCAAAGCUGAACAAGGGACGAGACCAAAGCAGACUCGCAAGAAAAACGACCAAAAGGCGGAAGCCUUCUUCCCUCGUUCGACGAAAGCAGCGCGAUUAUAUCGAGGUUUCGAUUAAUUUCGCGAUUCUCCCCCUUCGCCGAGAUGAAGCCUCCUAGACGCGGGUAACAAUCUGGUGAACGAGCGCAGCUUCGCGCAUGGAUCCUGGAUCGACUCCGUGCACAUCCGAUGUGCCCGCUCUCUCUCCUUGCUAACACGCGUCUGUGCCAAACACACGAGGAAACACACGACAUAAACUUGCGUACUUUUUUAAGAUUAUACACAGAGCCGUGCGCACAUCCCGGCGUCGGCGAUUUUCCCGUCACCCGUAAACUAUCCGGCUAUUCGUUCUUUCUUCGUCGUAGGUAGGGCGACGUAACACCGUCACAAGGUUCUACGUAGGUGAUCACAUCGUAUAAAUGUUAUACACUCACGUCUAUGUACGUGUAUAAUAUUUAUAACAACGCGCGUAACGUGUACAUGAAAAUAUACAUGCUAUAUGUACGCGUGCGAACGUAGCGGGAGAUUUAUAUAAAUAUAUACGUAUAAGUGGGAAAUUUAGAUAGUUAAUUUAAGUAUAUACAUAUGAGAGAUAUAUAUACGAGAUAUAUUAUAUAAAUAUAUAUAUAUAUAUAUAUAUAUAUAUAUAUAUAUAUAUAUACUGUAACCGCGCGUAACAUACACGCUCACUUUGCGUACGCGCAUCGUUUAACGUCACGAGCGAAGCGGCGGAGCAAUUUGAUUUCUCUCGGACGAUGUCAACGAAAUCAGAAACGCGUUUCGUACACGACGACGACGACGACGACGGUCCUAACGUGCGCAGACACGUGAAUUUUAUCGCGCUUAGAGCAAAUUGUCUACCGUACGUGUAUAUACACGCGUAUACACAUACAUGUACACACAUCCAGUCCCUUACAAAUAUAUACGUACACACACACACACACACACAUAUUAUAUAUACACAAGAUGCGUAGGAAUAGGUGACCAACGUGAUUAUUCUCGUUACCGGUAAGGGAUUACGGGUGGCACUGUGCGAGGAAUUUAUUUGAGAGGUACAGGAAGUCCAAGGAGGAAUUCUGAAACGAGAAGUUGGCACACGAUUCAGGAUGCUCGCAGAACGAAAGAGAACUACUCGAGAGAACCGGAAGACGGCAACAGGAUGCCAGAGGCACACUUAGACCCGAUGCAGACCUUUUCAACCUGUAAUAUUAGCUAAUUCUGCUAUAUUAGCUAAUUAGAUCGGAGUAAAGCGCGGAAUAUUUAUGCCGGGAUUAUAUUUGUAUACUUUCCGAGACCAGAACUAACAAUCCGAAUAAACCGAGUCAGCAAUGAAUCGUCUCUUCCUGGAAUUUCAGUGGCAAGAAAAUUUUCUAGAAGAAUGGAAAGAAAUGUGCAACAUGUAUUGACAAAAUUUCAAUUAACUUUCCGAUAAAAUGGACAAGUCUGACAAUCAAUUUUAGAUGGAUUGUAGACCAACUUGAAUUUAAAUUAAUUACACUUUAAACCAAAUCAAAUUACAGAUACAAGAUAAAUUAUUGAUUCAACAUUGCUGCAUCUUGUAAUUUAUAGAAAUCGUUUAUGGACAGGCAAAGAAGAUUAAUUGAUCUCGAAUUCGACGAUUAAAGUCGGUGUAUCGUCUGUUCUCUCGGGGCAACGUGGUCGAUUCGAGUCGAGGGACACGGCAAGACGCGUAAGGGACCUGUCGGCGAGGGAGUAUUCCGGCGGCCAAAGGUGUGCGUUAGAGAGAAUAUUGCUCAAUAUUUACCAACCCGAACGCAAAAGCAGCAACAGCAGUAGCUCUGUUACAUUUUCCGCAAUGUACCGCCGCGCAGCGUGCAUCCCGUGUCGGAUUAUUUGACGAUCGCGAUCAUUAGCUGAUUAUCAACCCUGCACUCUGCCCGUCACAGGAUGACGAUCGUCGAGUUAUCGUGCUUCAUUGCAUCUUUCCACUUUGUCGUAGAUGAUAAAUUUACAAGCGAAGCGAAGUUGAUCGCACUAUUUUAUCACAGCUUACUGCACAAAGAGCGAGCUCAUCGUCGCACUUCACGGACAACGCGAGCGUCUGAAGUCUGAUCUUCCUGAAAUGACAUUUAAAUGGAAUGCUUGAGAUCACGAAUUCUACAUCGAGAUACUUUUCAGACAUCCUUCGGACGUCUCAUGUUGUCCGAGUCUAUCAGAGUGCUCGAUGCGAUCGCGUUACCUUGCUUCGAAGGGCCUAAGCAGCUGACGCAUUCGCGUACAUAUGCGUUUUUAUUUUACAUGCGCUUUUCUCUUUCGUUAGCCCGGUUGAAUGCAAACCGAAUCGACGAGGCUCUCGUAUUAACCCUCGGAUGCGUUCGCGGAGUCCGUUCCGACCUGGUGAACGGACUCUCUAGAAUCGACAGCCAAGAAAUUGCAUGCGAGACCAAUUGCGAGACGCGCAUUUUUCACAUUUGUAGCGUCGAGCGAAUUGCGUUCAUUUCCCAGGUGAAUGGCGCAUUACUAAUUGUUCAUUGAGAAAUCCAGGAGAGUAAAGUUCGCCAGUUAACAAGAAUCCUUAAGUAGGCUAAAGCGAAAACGGCGACGAGAAUUAUCUCUGCUUGAUUGUGUAAUUUGUGAAUUACGAAAAUUUCGAUUUUGCGUUAUGUUAAUAAUUAGAAGAUUAUGAAGAAUCGUUGAUAUAUUAUUAGAGAGAUGAACUAUAAUAAAAGAUAAUGCGUGUUACACGAUAUCCUCUCUGUACGCGAUGCGAAAUUCGUAAAGAAAAAUUAAGAAUCAAUUACAUCGAUGUGGUAUGCAUGUCGCACUUUUUGCUGAUAACAUGAUCAAAUGCGAUCAAGUUUUCUCUCAGCGUUAUGAUUUAUUAGUAGCAAUACUAGCGUUAAGAAUCUUUCCAGAUAUUUAUUACUGUGAUGGAUGAAGAUAUUAUUUCUCACGAAUUCAUUAAAGAAGCGUAAUCGAUGAUUACUUGCACGGCAUAGCGCGAAUAACGCAGCUGACUGCAUCCGAGGGUUAAAUAUCCGCGGUGAGAUGCAUACCUUAUUUAUUUUCCGCUGUCGCAGUGUGGAGUACGGAUCUAUAGGGACAUAAUAAUUACUUACAGUAAGAGUACUAAGGAUAAGGCAAAAUGAUAAUGAUCGAUAACGAACAUAUUACGAUUCUACGAGUGCUUAUCAAAUAUUAAACAAUAACGACGCGAGAUCCUGGCGGCAAGAGAGACAAGAGGAAGGAGACCUCUCUCGUUUUUGAUUUUGUUAUACACGUCGACUUUGUAUAUUGUUCCACGAUCCUAGAGGUUUGCCACCAAUCGCCAAUAUAUCGUAUAAUUGCAUUUGUAUAAAGCUACUUUGAACGGUGCAUUUUCGUUCGCGGCGAUACGCGAGUAUCGGCGAGUACCGAGCUGUUAUUUGUUACCGGACACGUUUAAUCGCUAAGUAUAAUCAAUCUCCCAAUCAAUCCUUCUCUAAUCGUAAAGAAAACCAAGCGUGUCGGACAGGUGCGCGCUGUCGGCCCGCGCGAAUCAAGCGCGGGCCGUUCUCGAGGCAUUUGCGUUCUCUCUUCGUUCGUUCUUCGUAAUAAUCACGAAUUAGCGGAUCAUUAGUGUAAUGUUUUCUGACGAUCCUGUACGCCAAAUCGAAUUGACUUGUUACAUUUGUAAAUGUUUGUAAGUACUACCACGUAAUAAAAUAAUCGAGUAAUAAUCAUCGAAUUACCCCUGACGACCGUGUGUCUGUUAUCCAUCGAUUGAUUCGACCUUACGAACAACGAAUAAAGCAAAUCAUGACAUACCGCA